GCACACAAGAACCGCAAGUUCUUUAUAACCGCUUGGCAUUUUCGUUUGCCUUCCAGUUUAGUAACUUUUCAAUCAUGGGCAAGAUACCGUGCGUUUUCCUGCUCUUGGGUUUAGUUGCUAUUUCCCAUGCAGCCUCCUCAAGGAAACCAGCGAAAAAGGAGCCAGUUGAAGAUGACGCGCUCACUUCAGACGAAUGUCCUGAACCAACUGGAUAUUUCGCCGAUGCGGAACAAUGCGACAAAUAUUACCAGUGCCAGGAUGGAGUAAUCACCGAAAAACUGUGCCCAGAUGGACUGGUCUUUAACGACUACAGCACUGAGUACGAAAAGUGCGAUUUACCGUUCAAUAUCGACUGCAGUGCCCGUCCUAAGCGCCAGGAACCUCAGCCUUCCGAGCACUGUCCAAGGAAGCACGGCUAUUUCGCUCACGAAGAGCUGCACGUUUGCGACAAAUUCUAUUACUGUGUGGAUGGAAAGUUCAACAUGAUCACCUGCCCUAAUGGUUUGGUUUACAACGAAAAUGCGGGCAUUUGUUCUUGGCCGGAUGAAGCCAAGAGGAAAGGAUGCGGAUCAGCAGAGGUCUUCCAGUUCGACUGUCCGAAGGUGAAUGAAAGCGAAGGAGCGACCCACCCAAGAUACUCCGACCCUGAAGACUGCCAGUUCUUUUACGUUUGCAUCAAUGGAAACACGCCCCGAAGAAAUGGCUGCAAGCUGGGCCAAGUCUUUGACGAUGUGAGCAAGAAGUGCGAAUGGGCGAGGAACGUGCCCGAAUGCGCUGACUGGUACAAAGGCCGUCUGACCGACCAGCAGCUGAAGGAUUUGGAAAAUCCACCCGCGCCCAAGCCAAAGGCCACAAAGGUCUCAAAGAGAAGGAACAGGCCGCGACCACAACCGGUGGAUGAGGAAUUAGAUUAAUGAUUUCAAAGACUAGCAAGGAAGUUGGGACGAAGGAAGAAGGGAAGUUGGGACGUGUAUACAAAAAACUCACUGAAUUUUAUACAAGAAAAAUAUAUUAAACUAAAUAUUUCUUACUUUC